AUGUUCGUGGACAGCGCAUCGCGGUGGCAACGGGGGUACGGGAUGCGGGCAAAGAGCGACACCCUGAAAAUCGUGCAGCGGUUCCUCGCCGACAUGAACGGCAUGGGCACUCCGGGGUGUUUCCGCAUGGACAACGGCGGCGAGUUCACUGGCUCCGCAUUCACCUCGUUCUGCGACGCUGCUGGCAUUCGGCGCGAGUACACCGCCCCCGACACCCCCAAGCAAAACGCGGUGGUCGAGAGCGCCAUAUGGCGCGCCAUGAAGGGGGGCCACGCCGCGCGCCGCCACAUCCUCGCCAUGGGCCACGUCGACCUCUCCUCCAUCCCCAACGUCGGCGUCAGCGGACAUCGCCUGUGGCUCGCGUCGGCGCUGUGGGCAUCCGCCUGCUUCAACCGCUCCGCGACGAAGGCCAACCUGGGCUGGAUGUCGCCGUUUGAGGCGUUCUUCGGCUGGAAGCCGCCCCUCACCGUCGUCCCUUUUUUCCAGGAAGGGAUGAUGCGCGUGAAGCGGGCCACGCAGGCUGACGUCCAAUCUGCGCGGUGCUUCUUCCUGCACGGUGCCAACAACCACUCGACGUCUACCGCCGUCGUUCUUCGCGCUGACACCGGUCGCCUCGCCCUCACCAACAACGUCGUGUGGGUCAACCGCCGGGCAGGGGCGCCGGCGCAGGUGCCGGGCAUCGGGGGGAGUCUUCGGUCACCGCGUCGCCCUCGCCGGCCACCGCCGUACCUGCGGCCGAUGCCGCACCGCUGCCGCCCCCGCCAUCAAGGACGGGGGCUAUUCGAUACAUUGGGGAAGCUCUCCAUUGCGAUCUACGAGGUGAUGAAGAUCAAGAAGGUCACCACCAGCUCCUACCACCCACAGACCAACGGCGGCACGGAUCGCGUCAACCACACGAUGGCCCAGAUGCUUGCGGUGGUCGUCAACGAACAGCAAAACGAGUGGGACGUACAUCUCCCGCACGUUGAGUUUGCCUACAACAAUUCCGUGAACCAGUCUACUGGAUUAGCGCCAAACGAGAUCCACAUCGGACGCAUCCCGCGACUCCCUCUUUCGGUCUUCGAUCAUCCCACGGUAGGCGGUCAUCAAAGCUUGGCCCGCGAUCAACUCGAGUAUUGCAACCUGGCUGUCGAUCGCCAGCGCCGGGCCUACGAACUUGUCCGUGAGUACAACGCGCUGAAGAUUUCGCGAGUCGAACGCCGAAAUUCAUCCCUGCUGGACGCCAUCCACAAGCUCCCUCAGUUUACCGUUGGCGGGUGGGCUUGGGUGUACAACACGGCUGCUACGAUUCGACAGGGUGUGAAGAAGGACACGGACCAACAGGUGCUCAAGGCCAAAUUCGCACUUUCCUGGACGGGGCCCUACAAAGUUCUUGCGGUGUGUCCCGCUUCUUCCGACGCCACUCCGGACGGCAGCCCGUUGGCGCAUAAACUCCUCUACCUGGACCUACCUUCCGAUCUUACCGGCCCAGCAGCUCGAUGUCGCGUGGAAACCGUACAUAUCGAGUGGCUCGGACUCGCGCGGCACAGCGAGAGCUAGCCCCGAAUCGUGGAGAACGCUAUUUGCCUCCUGGGGCUGAUCUUGUGCUCCACGCGACUUGGCUUCGUCGUUUCAGCAAAUCGCCCCUCCCUGUUGGCGCGCGGCUGUGGCUCCCCCCGAAGUUUCGUCGGUGGUGUUUGCCUCUGAACACUUGGAAAAAGAGAUCCCCAAGUUCGUCGGUGUUGUUGGCCUCAGGACACUUGGACACCGAGUUCCCCGCGUUUUCCUGGUUCGCCUGUUUGCCAACUAAUCUUAAUUGUGGAAAAGAGGGUUUCGUCCUCGACAGACGUUAGGGAGUUUCAACCUUUGUGAAGGUGGUCUCCACAUUACCCCCCCCUUUUUCGAGGCUUCUUGUUUGCUAGGCAAGAGAAGUCUUCUUGAGGUAACCGCAACCCGACCGGCUGGCGGCGAGUAGAACCACCUUUUUCCAACAAUCUUCUGUGCGUGUGUGCGGAUGCGCCACUUCCGCCACGCAUUGCCAGAAGUUUCUAGUUCGAUAGACAGUACAUCGUUUCUCGGUCCGCCCACCGUUUUUCUUUUUUCCGUACUCCGGAAGAAAAUUAGGUGAUGAGCAGCGGGUUUUGAAACCGUGUCUUUUGCAACCAAAAGCAAACACGCUGACAUCUCUUCGUCGACGCCAUUGUGGAAAAGAGGAUU